AUGGCGUCUGCCCCAGAUACAGAGUCAGUUCCCGGCUACACUAUCUUCCGUGAAGGAGAUUAUGACAGCGUUGCCGCUGCUGCUAUGACCACAGAGGGAACUCCUCACCCAUUAGAUCAACUUUCAAUUUUUGAAAUUCCUGCAGCGGUGAAGAUCAUUCGCGAAUACGCCAGCCCUAAGGCCCUCAAAUUCAACUGCCUUACACUUCGGGAACCUGCCAAGGCAGAAUACCGGGCUUUCCGUGCUGGUGCAAUCCCCGCACCUGACCGUCGCGCUUUUGCCAUCGUCAUCGUGCAGGGCUCCCAGCAAGUCGCCGAGGUGAUUGUUAACCUCGCCACCGGCAAGGUCGAAGACUGGAAAGAUGUCAAGGAUGUCAUGCCCACUCUCACGCUCGAGGAUCUUGAUGUGAUGGAGCGCAUCGCCCGCAAGGACGAGCGUGUCAUCCGUGCCUGCAAAGAAAUUGGCCUCACAGACAUGAGCAAGGUGUUCCUAGACGCAUGGGCCAUCGGUAUUGACGAGCGCUGGGGCUACGAGCGCCGUCUCCAGCAGGGCUUAGCUUAUUACCGCAGCUCUGAAUUUGACAACCAAUACGCUCACCCACUGGACUUCAGCGUUGUCGUCGACACCGAACUCGAAGAGGUCCUUAGCGUUGACGUCCGCUACGUGAAUGGCGAGCGCACCGCCGUUCCUCUCAAAGAACACAACUACCUCCCCGAAUUCAUUGGAGACAAGUACAACCAUGACCGCCUUAAGCCCAUUGAUAUCAGCCAGCCUCAGGGUGUCUCCUUCAAGGUCCGUGGCAACGAGUUGACCUGGGCCAACUACAAGAUGCACAUCGGUUUCAACUACCGCGAAGGUAUCGUUAUCUCCGAUGUGCGCACUCACGACAUGUACGAGGAGCGUGAGCGCACUCUUUUCAACCGCAUCUCCGUCGUUGAGAUGGUUGUCCCCUACGGCUCCCCCGAGAAGCCGCACCACAAGAAGCACGCCUUUGAUGUUGGCGAGUACGGAACCGGACUGAUGACCAACUCCCUGAAGCUCGGAUGUGAUUGCAAGGGCGCCAUCCACUACAUGGAUGGCAUUAUGACGACCAGCAAGGGUGAAGCUGCCGUUGUCAAGAACGCCAUCUGCAUCCACGAGGAAGACAACGGCCUCCUCUACAAGCACACCGAUUACCGCGACGGCACAGUGAUCUCUGCCCGCGACCGCAAGCUGAUCAUCUCACAAAUCAUCACUGCCGCCAACUACGAAUAUGGGUUCUACCACACCUUCACUCUGGACGGAACCUACAAGCUGGAGGUGAAGCUCACCGGCAUGCUGAACACCUACUGCAUGCACCCCACGGAAACCGCCGCCCCCUGGGGCACAGAAGUCGCCCCCUCAAUCAACGCCAACAACCACCAGCACAUCUUCUCCCUCCGUAUUGACCCGGAGAUCGACGGUCAGAACAACACCGUUAUCCAAAACGAUGCCGUCCCGGCCGAAGCCGAAGUCGGCUCCGACGAGAACCCCUACGGCAACGGCUUCUACAGCAAGAAGACUCCCCUCCGCACAUCCCUCGAAGGCGCGGCAGACUACUGCUUCGAGACCAACCGUACCUGGGACAUUGUCAACUCCAAUCGCAUGAACGCCGUCUGCAAAAAGCCCGUCGCCUACAAAAUCAUCAACAACAACUGUCCCCCACUCCUUGCCAAGCCCGGCAGCACAGUCUGGAAGCGCGCUGCCUUCGCCCGCAAGCCCCUCUACGUCACCCCAUACAAGGACUACGAGCUCUUCCCUGCUGGUGACUACGUCUGCCAGUCUGAUGGCUCGGAGGGCCACCCCUUCAACUCGACGAUUGCCGACUGGGUGAAUCGCAACGAGAACAUCGAGAACACCGAUAUCGUUGUCUACUUGCAGUUUGGUUUGACGCAUUUCCCACGCACAGAGGACUUCCCUAUCAUGCCUGCGGAACCGGUUAGCAUCAUGCUGCGGGCGUCAAAUUUCUUCGAGAAGAACCCUGGUCUGUGGGUGCCGCCUUCCAGUAUUUGUGUUGAUACGCAGUCGAAGAAUGCGUUCCCUUCUUCCUGCUGUGCGCCGAGUAAGUCGCGUAUGUAA